UCAACGCGCACGCAUCAUCAUCCUAAAUGGUGAGCUUUUUUCUAUUUGAUUAGGGGUCCUCCGUUUUGUGAUGAAGGCUUUAAUGUCAAUACGACAUAUUCUUUGACAGCAGUCAAUACACUGUCUCCUAAAGCGGAACACCACGCUCGAUGGCAUGACUUGACAGUCAUCGUUACCCUUAUUUCCGAUUUGUAAUCCCAUAAACGCAGUACCAUUUUGCCAAUAGAAGUCGGAGGUGGAAAGAGCUUGUUGGCUGUGGAGAGAAGGCUAUGUUAAUACUCAGUGCACAGAGGGGCGCGAUAAAUGCGUGAACUGGCUCAAACCUCUCCUCAAAACGCCCCUCACUUCGCAACUGGGACCGCUGCCGGCCGCUCACUGCCUGUCAGUGCUGCACCGGACUUGUCUGGCUACCCAGACUCCUUGCUCCGGCCAAACGGUACGCCACGCCCACGGACGUUAGUUUCUUCUCCGCGAACUAGUGCAGCGGAAUAAUGUAGUGUGGGUCGUCAGGUUAGCACUGGACACCACCGACUGAACUUCUAGGUCUUCGCUCCAAGGAUGUAUAUCUGAUACGGAUAUUCCUGCCUCAACAAGGCUACUAACGAUCGAAAUUUGGGCGCGGAUAUGCUGGACUCAGCAGAUUAAUUUACAAUCACUGCCACUAUAUGGAAGGACGAUUGUGUUCUGGAGAAAACAUUUGGAAACAAGUAUUUUCUGUCUGGGUCGAGUCGUUUGACGCUAAAACGGAAGAAAUGUCAUACUUGGAUAUCCCACGCAUAGAUGCUACUCAUUUGUGUGAUAAUAUACGUGGGAACUAAUUGCAACGCAACUGCCCUCCGCGGUGCAAGUGAGUGUUCUUUGAGCACCAAGUCCAGAAAUCUUGUCUGGUUGUGGUGCUUCUUCACUCUGCUACUGGGGAAGCAGACCGGCGGCAAAUCGAUGCAUUUCUUGCUCAAAUCUACUCGGGCUAUUUACCUCGUUGCAUAGCCUACUGGAGAUUGACAGACAACGGAGAGGUAACAUCGGGCUCAGGAACAGAGGUCAAUGGACAUCCUCCACAAGGGACCCAGUUGUUUCCUUUAGUCCCCAGUGCCGACACCCAGAUGCUGCUUAGGUAGUCACCAUUACCCCCUGCUCAGCGGCUCCCUGACCACAUGUAGCUUCCCAUGUCUGCCCUUCUCUGCUAGGCCAACACAGCCCACACAGUCUUCAUGAGGUUCACGACCCUGCCAGACCAUACCAGAUAGAGUUUCCCAGAAAGCCGGAGGGAGGAUGGACCGGCUGAUCUUCUCCUUGUUGAUGCUGGCCGUCUCCACCAGGGGGCAGCUGUGCCCCAAGCGCUGCAUGUGCCAGAACCUGUCCCCCUCGCUGGCCAUCCUCUGCGCUAAGACGGGCCUACUCUUUGUGCCCACCGUCAUCGACCGGCGCACCGUGGAGCUGCGGCUCACUGAGAACUAUAUCACAGCCAUAAGGAGGCGGGACUUUGCCAACAUGACUAGUUUGAUCCAUCUGACGUUGUCCCGCAACACCAUAAGCCAGAUCAUGCCUUACACCUUCGAGGACCUAAAGCGGCUGCGGGCGCUGCACCUGGACAGCAACCGGCUGAGUGUGAUCAGGGAUGACCACUUUCGGGGGCUCACCAACCUUAGGCACCUGAUCUUGGCCAACAACCAGCUGCACAAUAUCUCUCCCCAUGCCUUUGAUGACUUCACAGGAACCCUGGAAGACCUGGACCUGUCCUACAACAACCUGGUGGACAUCCCCUGGGAGACGAUAGGUCGUCUAACCAAUGUCAACACCCUUAACAUGGACCAUAACCUUAUAGAGCACGUGCCCCAAGGGAUCUUCACCAACCUGCAUAAGCUGGCGCGUCUGGACAUGACGUCCAAUAAGCUUAAGAAGAUCCCACCGGAUCCACUUUUUCUGCGCAUUCCUGUCUACGCGAAAGCCAAAGGAUCUCCUCAGUCGUCAUUGGUGAUGAGUUUUGGUGGAAACCCGCUCCACUGUAACUGUGAGCUGCUGUGGCUGAGGAGGCUGACCAGAGAAGACGAUCUGGAGACCUGCGCCUCUCCUCCAGACCUCACAGCCAAGUACUUCUGGACCAUCCCCGAGGAGGAGUUCAUCUGUGAGCCUCCGGUCAUGACCAGGAAGUCUGCCAAGACCUUCACCAUGGAGGGCCAGCCUACCAGUCUGAAGUGCAAGGCCAAUGGAGACCCGGACCCAGAGAUUCACUGGAUUUCCCCCGAGGGCCGUCUGAUCUCCAACACGUCCCGGACUGUCACCUUCAGCAACGGGAGCCUGGACAUCAACAUCACCUCCCUGAAGGACUCUGGAACCUUCACCUGCAUUGCCUCCAACGCAGCGGGGGAGUCCACGGGCCAGGUGGAGCUGGUGGUCAACCUCCUCCCCCACCUGGCCAACAGCACCAACCGGCUACGGGAGCCCGACCCUGGUCCGUCAGACAUCCUCACCUCGGCCAAGUCCACCUCAACCACGGGCAACGACACACGGAGGAACCAGGAGGGAAGGGUGCUGAUGACGGAGCUGACAGCUAGCUCAGUGCUGAUCAAAUGGCCAUAUCAGAACCACGUUCCUGGGAUCAGGAUGUACCAGGUCCAGUACAACAGUUCCCUGGAUGACACGCUCAUCUACAGAAUGAUCCCGUCCACCAGUCAGGACUUCCUGGUUCGUGACCUGGUGUCAGGGCGUGAGUACGACCUGUGUGUCCUGGCGGUCUACGACGACGGCAUCACCUCGUUGACGGCCACGCGGCAGGUGGGCUGCGUCCAGUUCAUCACGGAGACUGAGUACAGCCAGUGCCAGGCCCUCCACAGCCAGUUCCUGGGCGGCACCAUGAUCAUCAUUAUUGGUGGCAUCAUCGUGGCCUCCGUGCUUGUCUUCAUCAUCAUCCUCAUGAUCCGCUACAAGGUCUACAGCCACCAGGGCAUGGACACAGGUAAGGUGGGCACCCUGGACAACAUCUGUGCCCAGACCAACGGAGGACAGGCUGGGGGACAGGUGUCCCACUCUGGGUCUAAAGUUACAGAGAGCCAGGAGGAGCAACAGGCUCAUGCCUUUGCUGGGGUGGGAGGGGGGCCAGGGACAGGGGGGGGAGGGAGUGUGAGUGGAGCGGCAUCGCCUAAUGCCACCCAAAAGGACUCUAACACCAUGGCACUGGUGGUUGACUGUGAGAAGGCGGUGCAGAUAUCAGACAUGACUGCUGAGGACCUGCUGUCGCCUAGUAAGAGGCAUCACUCCAGGACUGCCAUUGAGAUGAAGAGGAGAGCUUCGCUCACACCCAAAGAGGCCACCAACGUGAAUGUGGGGGGAAACACGCCGGCGCCCGCGGCUGCCGACGACGACAAGAGGGCUCACAGAGACUGGAGCGACUUUAAAAUUUGAUGACUCCUUCUGCUUCUCGGUGAGAAGCAGCCAUCAACCUCCAAGAGUAAUGAAUAUUCCAGGGUUCCAGGAAUCAAGGAGAUUAGAUUAUAAAUCAGGAAAAUUUUUAGGACUUCUGUCGGACUUCCUCCUUGCGACCCCGGAGUUCACACUGUAUCCAUGGACCCUUCCAUGAAAACACACCUAGAUGGACUCAAUAAGGACUCAAUUCACCAUCAUAAUCUAUGGGAGUGGAACUAGACGGGCCAAAGGCCUCGCCGGUGGCUUUUCAAACGUAUUGCCUUGUAUCCCUUUGUGGCUGACUGUCUGUGUAUCCGCUGUCAUUACCACAGCACUACUACUGUUCCUGGACCUGUACUUGGACCAGGACUUGCCAAUACCUGGACCUGUUCAUGCACCUGGAUCUAUUCCCGGACCUGCUCAUACUGUACCUUACUUUACCUGACUGUCUUCAGACUCAGGAUGGGGACCCAGCCUAAGGUAUGGGCCGAGUUUACCCCAUCCGGACUCCGAGGACAGAAGGAUAUAAAGGAGGAAUAACUAACAGGAACUAAGCAAACUGAACCGCAUGUCUGUGCAUCACCACCACCUCUUCGUCACCAUGGUCUUCAUCACCCUGUGUUGCGUUUUUUUUUUCACCUUUGAGCCGAACCCAGUGAGAACGGAAUCAAACAGGCAGACUGACAAAACGCUCAGUCCUGGGGACUCACCUUCUUCUGUGUUCUCCGUCACUUUUUAUUUGGCUUUAUCUUUUGUAUCUGUACAUAACGCAAUUCCAAAUCUUAUAGUUUUGUACAUGUAAUUUUUAUGGUGUGUGAAAUUUUUCUAAUAAAAUAUAAAAGUGGAUUCAUUCCCUAGAGACUAA